AUGUAUGACAUUUUUUUAACAAGCUAUGUAAUCAUGCUUCAAGCCAAACUAAACUUGGACAAAACUGCAGGGCUCACUCAACAGCUGAGGCGAUUCUCUGCAGACCAUGUGAAAAUAAAUAAAGAGGAUACUGAUCAAGCUAAGCGUCUGGUAGACAGUUACUUAGAAAAUGGUGUAUUACAGUACAUCUUUGACAAUUCACAACCCCUGUCCAUCAGUAAGCUAGAAUACACAGGAAGCCUGUAUGAGAGACUUAAAACUGAAGCAGCUGAUGAGGUGGAUGUCAUGGUAGUAUUACAGACUGCCAAACAGGAAGUGAUACAAGAGGAUGCUGGGGUCCCUGGUUUUGUUCUGUUAAAGGUAUCAAAAGAUGGUUCACCACUAAAGAAGUAUACAGACACAGAUGGUUAUCUUGUCCCUGAGAAGCUGCGAGCAAGUUGGUUCUUUGGCCUUGUUCAGAAGGCAGUUAAUGAACUUGCUUUACCAGUUCAGAUGGAGGUUAGAGCGCAUGGCCCAGCCGUUCAGCUUGAUAUCACAGACAGCAACUUGGGAAAGAAGCUGUCUGCUGAUUUGGUCCCAACAUUUAGGAUUGGUGCCAUGGACUACUUUGUGGCAAAAUCCUAUACAGGGAACACGGCUGCCACCUGUGAUUGCAAGCUUCUCUGGCGACAGUCAUUCUCACUGAAGGAGAAAGCAAGACUGCAAGGAAUGGAUAAAGAGGAUGGUGGUUGUAGACAUGAACUUCUCCGAAUUAUCAAACGCAUCAUUAGAGGGGAGGCAACUUUUGCUAAACUGACAAGUUACCAUUUAAAGACAGUAUUUUUGAGGUACAACACUAAUGCAAAGGUUUCAUGGGAUAAAGACAUGCUUGGGGAGAGGUUUAUUGAGUACCUGGAGUUGCUCUAUGCUGCAGUAAAUAGCAAGAUUCUGGAUCACUUCUGGAUUGAAGGGAUCAACCUCUUGGAAAAUGUACCUGGUAAAACUCUGGAAAACAUGGCUUGUAGGCUGCGCAGGAUUUUGGACAGUGACAAAGAAAGGAAUAAAGUCCUUAAAUGUAACAUCACAGUUCCAAUGGCUACAAAUGGCAAUAGAGUUGAAAACUGUCCAGUCACAUCACCAGGGAAACCAAAGCUAUGUCAACCCAAUAUGCCACAAACUUCUAAAGAUCUUUUGCAAGUCUUGCGAAGAUUCCUUGACAGCCUGGGCACAAUUCUCAAUGAAGAUACAAAGUGGUGUAAGGAAAUUAUGGAGCAGGUUGUGAAAGAUGGAGUGCUGAAAUGCUGCAUGGAGGAAUCUGAUCUCAUCAGUAAGUUUGAAUAUGGUGGAAGUUUGUAUGAAAAUUUGAAAACCACACAUUCCGAUGCUGAUGAUGCUGUUAUCUUCCUUGCCUUGAAAACAAAAAACAGUCUCAUUGAUUUUGAAGUAAAUGAUGCAGGAUAUGCAGGUAUAAAGGCAACAGAAGAUUCUCCUUACAAAGAGUUUUCCAAUCCAGAUGGUUUCCUUGUGCCUGUAAAAUUCCAAAACUGGCUUUUCAAGCUAGUUACCAGUGCUGUGCAGAGUAUUAACAGUGAAGGAGCUUCAACAAUGUCUUUGAAAGCUUCAAACUCCACUAGUGUGAAAGUUUGCAUGAGUGAGCAGUCGAAGGCUUUGGAGGUUCAGUUUGUGCCAACAUUUCAACUUGGCAGUGAGUAUUUUGUUCCACCAUCUUCUCAACCUAGUCAUUUACCAGUGGGUGUGGUCCAGGACACAGCCUGGAUCAAGUCAUACACCUUAAUGCAGAAGGCCCUCCUUAAAGACAUGGACAAAGACCAUGGUUGUCGGCGCAGCUUGUUUAAAGUGGUAAGCACAGUUCUCCACAAAGAAGCAACAUUUUCACCUUUAACAUCACUCCAUCUCAAAAUGGGUCUACUCCGGUACAACGAAACAACCAGUGACUGGGGUCAAGACAGCUUAGCAGAGCGUUUUACAGGUUUUGUGACCUUUUUGAGGGAUGCACUUCAAAAGAAAGAGAUUCAACACUUCUGGAUCCAAGAGUUAAACCUGUUGACAAAGAUUUCACCCAAGACCCUUGAAAACAUGUACACCAGGCUGUCAAGAAUCCUUAACAGUGAACAGGAGAGGAGUAAAGUGCUGAAUAUUGAUGGGCUUAAACAGAAACUUUAACUCAAGUUAUCUUUGUUUUGUGAUUUUGUGCAGAAUUUGUUACUGUGAAAAACACAUCUGAAAUAUGGCAACACACAAUGCUGAGCUAAUUGAAGCAUUUAGAGAGUGGUUUUCUAAUGAUGAAAAAAAACAAGAAUUA